CGGUGGCUGGGGAAUCCCAAUACUGAUUGAUAUUAAAUAGGCUACAGAAUGUUCAUACAUUCAAGCAUAGAGUUUUUAACUUCUUCUGUUAAUAGCCUAAUCUGUUCAUAAUAUAGUUUACGUCUGUCAUAUUAUGUGUCUUUUUAAAUACAGUUUGUGGUGUUACGUUAAAUGAAGAAACGAUAGAGUGAGAGACAUUCAGAGAAAGAACAGGACACGACAGACCGACCGACAGCCGUUUGGUCUCGCUCUGGGGGUCGACCGCUACACGUGCACGAGAAGCGGCAGAGCAGCGGCAGAGAAAGAGUGAGCGGAGAACGGAUUCCUCUUUGUGUACUCCAUAAUUAUUAUUAGUAGGCUAGUAUUCCUACAAUUGUCGUUUGGUGGGUUCGUCGUUAAUAACAGUUUAAACUAUAGGGAGAGUAGAGGAGAACUGUGCCACUGUAGUCGCUAUGGCCGCUCUAUCAGGAGGAGAAAUGUGCGUCAAAUACCUGAUGUUCGCUUUCAACCUCAUCUUCUGGCUUGCAGGUACAGGAGUGCUGGCUAUAGGGUUGUGGUUGAGGUUCGACCCAAAGACCAGAGGACUGUUUGAAGGAACAGAAUCUCCCUAUGUCUUCUUCACAGGUGUGUAUAUCCUGAUAAUAGCAGGGUUGUUGAUGAUGGUGGUGGGUUUCCUGGGAUGCUGUGGUGCGAUUCAGGAGUCUCCCUGUAUGCUGGGGCUGUUCUUCUUCUUCCUCCUCAUCAUAUUUGCCAUUGAGGUCGCCGCUGGAAUCUGGUGUUUUUCCAACCAAAGCAAGGUGGUUGAUGACAUCACUCAAUUCUAUAUGGAGACAUAUCAGAACUACCAGAACACUCGACAGGAAACACUGAGAGAGACACUCCGUCUCAUACAGACUGGGUUGGACUGCUGUGGUACAGGUUCCGUUGUGGACUCUGCCAAAGACACCUGUCCCCCAAGAGACGGGCUGGAUAGCCUCAUCACCAAGAGCUGUCCUGAUGCUAUAGACGAAUUGUUUGACUCCAAGCUGCACAUCAUAGGAGGAGUGGGCAUCGCUACUGGAGUUAUCAUGAUGUUUGGGAUGAUCUUCAGCAUGCUGCUCUGCUGUGCCAUCAGGAAGUCACGGGAGAUUGUCUGAGGAUGUCAUCGUUACCAUGACGGCGGCCGUUAAUGUUGCAUGAUGUCAUUCCUAGUCACAUUAAUUUUGUCAACCAAUAGAGAGGCUGUGUGUUGAGAACGGUCGGCCUGAGCGCUAGCAGCUGUUCAGGUCCACUGGCCAACCAACUGCCAUUUAUAUGAUCCGCUAACCUCUGUAACAAGGAUCUGCUACACCUGGUUCACCUGGCAUUAAGUGCGCAAGCGUUGCUAAAUAAAUAUAAACAUGCAUGUUAUUCAGUCAUUUCAUCCAAACUGCUUGCACGUAUCAACUGGCGUCUGCGUAGCCAGGCACUAAAAUAGAACUUGGUUCUAUUUUAGAUGCUUGACGUGCUGCAAGAUCCGCCUCUCCCAUCUAUUCAUUAGUUUUUACGAGUGUACUAACCCACGUGGGUGAUUGAAAGAUGAGGUCCACACUCCAGUCCAGUUGGUGGCAGUAAUGCACAUUGAAGUUAGUUUCCAACCGCCAUAUAAAAUCCACAGAAGUAGAAGAACUAUGACUGAGGAGAGAUUAAUCAAAGAAAACUAACUAAAAACGAACAAGGUUUUCCUUUAUAUGAGUGGAUUAAUUGUCGAAGUAGAGAACACACGACUUUGUAUGAUUCAAAAUGGGUAGAAAUUCUACAAAGAUCCAGCUAAUAAAAAUACCAUAUGCAUUUCAGGUAAAAUAACAACCCAGUGUUUAUCUCCCAGGACAAAUUAGCUAGAAACAGCAAACUAGCUAAAUGUCUAUGAAUGUUUCAUGAGUGUUUCGACAUGUCCCCUAAUUACUAUAGUUGGUCGACAGUUGGUUUUGGUAUUUUAACGCGUCUAGACAAAAUCCAUGUUGUGCCGGUUUGGUCGGCAUGUAAUCACAGCGCUGCGCAAAUCACCUUGGCUGCGUUUGCUCAGGCAGCCCAAUUCUGAUCUUUUUAUCACUCAUUUGUUUUUUGACCAAUCAGAUCAACUCUAAAUAAUAUCUAAUAUCAUGAAGUGAUCUAGAUUAGCUAAUCUGCGCAGUGCUUUUUCUCAGGCUGAUCCUCUCGAACACAGUGAAUCUGCCCAGUGCACAGGUUGACCCUCCUAAACCAUCAUGAUGAUAACAUCAACAACAUGCAUGCCAGUCUUUCCUGGUUGACUACAACUCAUCUUCUCCGUCUCUCUCUCUACCCAAUUUGAAAAUGCCUUGAAGUCUCUGUUUUUGUAAAGCAGUUUUCUAUUUGUGACUGAAUAUCUAGGUGAGUUGUAGUCAGUUUUACAGCAUAUCUCGGUCUCUUCCAGAUAAGACAUUUUUAUAACACUCUUGCCAUCUUACACUGGACAGGUUGGUUGUUGCACAAAACAAAUUAGCCAAAUAAACUGUAACCUCUUGAUCUUCA